ACAGAACAAAGCUGACACACUCUCUAGCAACUCCACCUCAGCUGUUCAGAGAUCAUCCCUGACCUGAAGAUAAUGUUUCUCCUGGUGACUCUGCUCCUCUUGAUGGUCGCUGGAGUGGCAGCAGGAGCAGUGAAGAGCAGCCGUAGACUGGUGAGACAGAGCGACUUCUUCUAGAAACUCAGUUCCACUGACAGCUUCAUUGGAUAUCGUUGCCUGAAUAACCACCACUAGUUCCACUCUCUCUCUUAUCAUGAGCUGAUGUCAAAUGGAGACCGAAGGCCCCUGCAGAGGGUCGUGGAUGGAUACGUGCGCCAUGUUCACUUUGUCCAGUACCACAGCAGGACCAACACCACAGAAGCCAGGCAGGAGUGGAUGACUCGACUCACAGAGGAACAUCCUGAGAGACAGAUGAACACGUGGGCUGAUGACCUGCAGGUCCAGAGGCUGAUCAUAGAGGGAACACAUAGACUCAACCCCACUACAGGUGUCCACUGGGUCCAGAGGAUGUCCAGAUGUAUGUGGGACGAUGAGACUGGAGAGGUCAUAGGUCAUCAUCGGUUUGCCUACGAUGGAAAAGACUUCCUUGGAUUCUACCUGCAGAAGAAACAGUGGGUCGCUCUGACAGCAGAAGCUGAGACCAUCAUAGGUGACCUGAACAGAAGAGUCACUCUGAACCAACGAGUCCAUGACUAUGUGACCCAGGACUGUCCUGAGCGGCUCCAGAUGUAUCUGCAGUAUGGCAGCAGCCAGCUGCUGAGAAAAGAGCCUCCCAAAGUGUUUCUCCUCCAGAAGAACUCCUCCUCUCCCAUCGUCUGCCUCGCCACAGCUUUCUUCCCAAAACACUGCCAGUUGUUCUGGAGGAAAGAUGGAGAGGUGUUCAAUGGUGACAAUGUGUUGAUGAAGGACACUCUCCCGAACCAUGACGGGACUUUCCAAAGAAAGGCUGAGCUGCUGCGUCCUCCUGUCCGUCCUGAAGACUGGAGCCAGUACGAGUGUGUGUUCCAGAGCUACGGUCAGGACGACGUGACCCUCAGACUGGAUGAAGGAAUCAAGCGAAACCCUGCUCAGAUCAUCCCAGAGAGGCCUGGUACCGUCACUGCGAUUAGCCUCACCACCAUCCUCCUCAUCAUCAUCUGUCCCAUCGCCAUCAUAAUGAUCAUCGUUUCAUUGGUGCUUCUCCUCCGGCGCAGAAAUAGCAGACCUUCAGAGAAACCAUCUAAUCACCAAACGCGUCGAAAGAAAGUCAAUGGGGUUGGGCGACUGACGGCGACCAGCGGCGACCAACAUGGCAGCGACACGACUGGGGUGUGCAACGCUACAAGAUUUGAGCUACAUACGGCGACUCCGGCUACUCAAGACGACACAACUGGGGUACAGCGACAGUCGCAGAAGUUCACCACCUGCGGAGCGUUGACCAAUCAGAGACCAGUGUCCCGGCGGAGGAGAAGCAAAUCGCUGCGGUUGUUUACAAGCAGACUUUCCGCCGUCCUGAGAGUGGCUCAAAUCGUGCAUUUUUUAAUUUCCACCGGAACAUAAAUAGGAAGAAUCUUGUCCGGAGGGAUAGUUCGCCACAACGGUGGCGUUCCUGAUGAGACGUCCUGAAGGGUCUGUUUAUAUGAGGGGAGGACGGUGACCGAGGAGCGGAGUGGUCAGCGGCAUCUACUGUAGUGCCGUGAAGUGAGCGUUCUUCACCGUCCUCUCUCUUCUGGAGCCCUUCAUCUCCAAGAGAGACCUCGGCCAACAUGACUGGAGAGGCAGCAGCAGCAAGGUAGCAGGACACCGAUGGAAGAGACCAACAGAGGAAGGGGUCCCCCGAUGCUGAAGCUGAGCUCAAACAUCUACUAAUGUACUCCCUCCACAAACCCAGCUCAGAAGAAGGGACAGUUUUCAAGGUCCCUGUUCCUUCCAGGUUCCACAUAAAUGUAAAAUGUACAUGUUACUUUACCAAGCAAAACAACAGCUGACUGAAACCAUUUGGACCCUUCAUUUAUUUUCUUUGUAGCUACAGUUUCAUUAAACAACCGGAUGCCGCCCCACUUCCUCCGCCUCUCUUGACCCUCGUCCCUCUGAGGAAGAUCCUUCAAAACACACCUACGUACUUUAUUUUUGCAAAUAAAGUGUUUGACAAUGAACAUUUCUUUUUGUGAAAAAUGGAUUCACAGAAAAAAAUAAAAUCAAAAGCACUUUGCAAAAUAUCAACAAAUUGAGUUGAACACAGCUUUGUUUUAUUGCAGAGAUGAAAUAUAUAUGCAAGAACCUAUGCUUUGUUAAAAUAGGUGGCUGACUCUUGAAUGAGCAAUUGUGUUGCACUGAUAACUGUUUUUUUUCCAAAAAGGAGAAGCCUCAUCUUCAACAAAAACAUAUGUGGUCGGUGCCGUGGUCCUCUGGUCAGCUCCUAGAAGUGGACCGUCACACCAACACAGAAGCUGUUGGUGAUGAGUCUCCUGUUACCGAAGAUCUGCAAAAUAUAAACCAUACAUGGAUAUGUAAACAUAUAUAUGUUGGUGAUAAUUUAACAAAGUAUAUAUCAACCAUACAACAGUGCAUCUAGGAUAAAUUGUUUCAUCACAAUGCAUUUAACUGUUGCAUUCAUUGAUUACCACAAAGUGGCGCUCACUGAAAAGACUUUAGUGUACAAAUUAUUGACGAUGACAGAUUAUAUAUCUCCGAAAAUUACUUCAAGCAUACAGCAGAUACGACCGCGGAGUUCAUGAACUGAUGACAGUUCAGAAAGACUUGGACACAAGUCGCCGUACAUAACUACACAUCGAGUUGCUUACCGAAGUCAGACGUUCGCCAGAGGACAGACCGCGGCACUUGGUGUCCUGUAUUCGGCCACUGAUCCGGACCAACAGGUCGUCCAACUCGCGGCGGUUCCGCCUGAAGUACCGCACGAAGCGGCCGUAUCCCGGUGACGCUGCUGGAGCAGGAAGUUAAAUUCACCAGUGUGGGCGGCUCUGGCGAAUGCUACGAAACGAGAGACGUCUCUUUUUCCAUGUUUUCAAUUAAUAUGUAGCGAUAGUUUGAGCACCGGCUCCGCCAUCUUCAAUCCACCGUCCACAACAACUUGAGACCACGCCCUCCGGCGACUGACCUACUUUCGAUCCGGACAGGUGGCGACUAAUGACGACUUGAGCAAGCUACCUGCUGCUGACGACUGGCGCUACAGCGACAGAAAUGUCGUGUUCGGUGUGUACGUACCUUUAUUCUGUGCACUUGCUAGUUCUUUUGUUACUCUGUUUAACCCUGCUGCCUUGAGUUAGUGUUUUUGGUUUCUUGCUGUUUGCCGUGUUUCUUGGUUUCUUUUGUAGUUUAUUCUCGGUUUCAUUUGUGAUUUAAGUUCAUUUAACUCCCGGUUCGGUGACGCUUUCUGUUUUGACUUUUUACUCAUGUUUGUGCACUUCUGUUAGUAUUGGUUACUCUGUUUUUACAUUCUGUGUUCGCUCUGUUUCUCCCGGUUCGGUGACGCUUUCU